CUUGUUUGGAAACAAAUAACAAAAAGAACAAAAAGAACAGGGAGUAUAUACUAUCCUAUGCUACGGAACACUCUCUGUUGACAAGAAAUGAGUGUAGUAAACAGUAGAACGCUGCAGAUUCAACGCCCAGAUAUCUCCCAAUUUCAUAACCAAAAAAUUUCCCACGUUCGCAAAUGUUGUAAUAAUCACCUUUCAGUUUUGACCCCAAGUCGCUCCUUCAAAUCCUUUUCAGAGUUGCGAUCUUUGGGUUUUUCAAUGCCAUUAAAAUCGAAUUUUCAUUGUGGGAGUUCAAGAUUCUUGGUGAGCAGAUGUGAGUCCCAGAAGUUCUCUGAUUCUUUGGAACCGGAUCAUGAUGAGAAUUAUGUGACCGACUUAAGUCAGAUGGUAGAGCAGAAGGAGGCUUCUAUAGUGGAUAUGUUGGAGCAAUCAAAUUCCCUUUUGCCUCACAUAGUCCUUGCUAGUACAUUGUUGGCUCUUGUCCAUCCCCCCUCUUUCACGUGGUUUACCACCAGGUAUUAUGCUCCUGCAUUAGGGUUUUUGAUGUUUGCAGUUGGGGUUAAUUCCAGUGAAAAGGAUUUUCUUGAAGCGUUCAACAGACCAGCAGCUAUAUUGGCUGGGUAUGUUGGCCAGUUUGUUGUGAAGCCAAGUCUUGGAUAUCUGUUUGGUAUAAUUUCAGUGUCAGUAUUUGGGCUUCCUACUCCAAUAGGUGCUGGGAUCAUGUUGGUAUCUUGUGUUAGUGGGGCUCAGCUUUCAAAUUAUGCUACUUUUCUGACAGACCCUCCAAUGGCUCCUCUAAGCAUUGUCAUGACAUCAAUGUCCACGGCUACUGCAGUUUUUGUUACUCCAUUAUUAUCUCUAUUGCUCAUUGGAAAAAGACUGCCUGUUGAUGUGAAAGGAAUGGUAUCCAGUAUUAUGCAGAUCGUAGUUGCUCCAAUUGCUGCAGGCUUACUUCUAAACAGGUUGUUUCCGCAGAUUUCUGGUGUUAUUCGGCCAUUUUUGCCACCACUAUCAGUACUAGUAACAGCCUGUUGUGUUGGAGCACCACUUGCUAUUAAUGUUGACUCAGUUAUGUCCCCUUUUGGAGUAACCAUAGUAUCGCUUAUUAUUGCAUUUCAUCUAUCAGCAUUUGUAGUUGGUUACUAUUUCACAGGUUUUGUCUUCCACAAGGCAUCUGACUUAAAAGCACUACAAAGAACACUAUCCUAUGAGACAGGAAUGCAGAGCAGUCUUCUAGCUCUCGCACUUGCUAACAGGUUUUUCAAAGAUCCACUUGUUGCUGUGCCUCCAGCAAUCUCUACAGUAAUCAUGUCUUUGAUGGGAUUUUCUCUGGUCAUGAUUUGGGCCAAGAAGAAAGAAUAGCACUUCAACUGGAAAUUACUUUUGCAAAUCACAAGUUUGUCCUUGUUACGUUAUCAACUUGUUAUGUGAUCAACCUUAUAGCAAAGGCAAGAAUCAGCAACAGUAGCUGCACUGGAUCCGCUACAGCAGCAGUAUUUUACAUGUGAUGAGUAAGGGGCAUUAGUUAGCAGGGCAUUUUAAAUGUGAUGAAUAAGAAUUAGCAUGUGUGUAAUGGUUUGUUAAUUCAUUUAAGAGUAGUUAGUAGCAGUUAGUUAGUAUAAAGGGAGAGACAAGUAAUUGAAUAAGAAUUUCUUUUUGUAA